GCUGAGUUCCCAGCUCAACUUCAGCCAUGAAGAUUCUGUACCUUCUCUUUGCUGUCUUUUUCCUGCUGCUGCAAAGCUCUCCAGGAUUCACCCAGGGCAUCAAUACCCCCCGUGCUUGUCGUCGUGCUGGGGGCUUCUGCCGCCGCGGUAGAUGUCCCCCCAAUUUCAGACGAAUCGGAAGUUGUGGUUUUGGGCAGAGUUGCUGUAGAAGAAGAUGG